UGCCUCUCGUCCUGUUUGGCCCGAGCCGCGCGCCGUCGAGCCUCCGUGCGUUGCCAUAGAGACCCGUGAGCCCUGAGGGGCUCGUGGCCCAGACGCGAGGCUGCGGGGGAUUAAGAGCACCAUGUCUUUCCGCGAACUCCGCAAUUUUACAGAGAUGAUGAGAGCCUUGGGAUACCCUCGCCACAUCUCGAUGGAGAACUUCCGCACACCAAAUUUUGGACUUGUGUCUGAAGUGCUGCUUUGGCUUGUGAAACGGUAUGAACCUCAGACCGAUAUCCCUUCUGAUGUUGAGACUGAACAGGACCGAGUUUUCUUCAUUAAAGCAAUCGCCCAGUUUCUGGCCACCAAGGCACAUAUAAAACUCAAUACCAAGAAGCUUUAUCAGGCAGAUGGGUAUGCAGUGAAAGAGCUUUUGAAGAUCACCUCUGUCCUUUAUAAUGCCAUGAAGACCAAAGGGAUGGAGGGCUCUAAGAUAGGGGAGGAGGACAUCAGCAAAUUCAAGUUUGAUCUUGGCUCAAAGAUUGCAGAUUUGAAGGCGGCCAGGCAGCUUGCUUCUGAAAUCACCUCCAGAGGAGCGUCCCUGUAUGACCUGCUGGGCAAGGAGGUAGAAUUGAGGGAAUUGAGAACAGAAGCUAUUGCCAGGCCUCUGGAAAUAAACGAGACUGAAAAAGUGAUGAGAAUUGCAAUAAAAGAUAUUUUGGCGCAGGUGCAGAAGACUAAAGAUCUGCUCAACAACGUGGCCUCUGACGAAGCUAACCUCGAAGCCAAGAUCGAGAAGAGGAAGUUAGAACUGGAACGAAAUCGGAAGCGGCUUCAGACUCUGCAGAGUGUCAGGCCAGCGUUUAUGGAUGAAUAUGAGAAGAUCGAGGAGGAGUUGCAAAAGCAGUACGACAUUUAUCUAGAGAAAUUUCGAAAUCUGGCUUAUCUGGAACAGCAGCUUGAAGACCAUCACAGGAUGGAGCAAGAGAGGUUUGAGGAAGCCGAGAACACUCUGCGCCUGAUGCAGAACAAGCUGAAGGAGGAGGAGAAGCGCCUGCUCCGCAGUGGAAGUCAGCCAGGAGAGCCUGAAGCGGCCCUAAGUGAUAAGCCUGCGUGGAGUUUAUCCCCUCCCGAGAGGCCCAGCACAGGUAAUGAUGACUCGGACAUUGACAUCCAGGAAGAUGACGAAUCUGACAGUGAACUGGAGGAGAGGCGGCUGUCCAAGCCGCGGACGGCCAUGGAGGUGCUCAUGCAAGGAAGACCUGGCAAACGCAUCGUGGGCACAAUGCAGGGCGGAGACUCCGAUGACGACAUGGAAGCAGCACCAGCUCUCUUAGGUAAAUGCAAGACUUCCAGCUCCAAGAAGCAGGAGGACUCCGAGGACAGUGAGAUUGACAUGGAGGGGGAUGAAGACGACGAUUUGGAAGAAGAGAGCGUUGCUCUCUCGCCAGCUAAGCCCACUCGAAGGGUCCGGAAGCCUGAGCCCCUGGAUGAGAGCGACAAUGACUUCUGACCCGUUUGCCCAAAGGACCACACUGAUUAAAUCCCUCAGAUCUAUAGGUAAAAGGGAAGUUGGAAGGUUAGGAAGGAAACCUAUUUUGUUCACUAAACCAGCUGGACUCGUUGUUAAUGAACACCACCUACUUGCUCUGUAGCCUCCCUUGUGUUACCCCACAGAGCUUCAGCGAGAACUGAAGCAAGUCCCAGAUGGGAUAUAGGUUUGGUCUUACUUGUCUCCUGAAACAUGGGAAAUGUGAGUGUUCUUAGAGAUGCACCUGUUCAGGACAGACACCCCAGGAGAAGUAAGGGAUGGCGGCAUCGGGUCUCGGCUAUUGUUGUGAUGGGUUUUCCUCUCACAGUUGGGGGGAUGGACAUGGGGCUGGGCUCUGGGACUGUUCAGGAAUUGUGGGGAAGCGUCCAAGUCCUCCUCACCGGUACAGUUUGGGACAGUUACUGUACAUCGGCUUUUAACUCUAGCUUUUGUUUUGUCAUCCUAUUUUCUUGCUUCUGUAUGUUCACAAUACCAAGCUUUAAAUGUAUUUUGCUAAAAUGUUCCGAAUGAACGUUAGCUAAGUUAGAUGAAAACCCACUGUCCUUAAAGAUCAGGUAACAGAGAUAUGCUGCAGAAUAUAAAUGUUCCAUUUUCUCUCAGAAGGUUGGCAUUCCUCCUCAGGAAAGCAAAUAAAGAAGUGUUGGUACACA